AUGUCUGAACACGAAGAGAAGUUAAAAGUUAGUCAACAAGAGCCGCGGCAGACGUCCAUUUCACUCACUCCAAAAGACGUUGAAAAGGGUUCACCAAAUAUUUUCAAGCCUCGUCUUCAACUUAACAAAGAAAAGGACAAACUUAUUGAAAAGUUUUUAAUAUUUAUGUCUAUCAUACUUGUUGUUCUCGCCUUUCCGCUAUCAUUGAUAUGCAUAUUUGUGAGUAGUCGUCAAUUUGAAAGAGCUGUCAUUCUAAGGAACGGAAAAGUUCAUAAGAACAAAGCUUUUGGCCCUGGACUGCUUUUUUACCUACCUUGUGUUGACUCUGUUAAAUUCAUAGAUUUGAGGACAUUCUGCUAUGAAGUGCCACCACAAGAAGCCUUAACCAAGGAUUCUUUGACUGUGUCUGUAGAUGCAGUUGUGUUCUAUAAAGUUUUCGAACCAGUUUGGGCCGUCAUCAAUGUUAGUAACUACAGAAUCGCUACCCAAUUCUUAGCGUCAACCACUUUGCGAAAUGCGUUAGGAACGACAAAACUCAGCGAUGUGCUUAUUAAUAGACCAGUAAUUAGCCAACAGGUACUAGAACUUAUGAAAAACACUACGAAAGAAUGGGGUGUUAAAGUUCUCAAAGUUGAAAUAAAAGACAUAAGACUGCCACUGCAGUUGCAAAAGGCAAUGGCCGCUGAGGCUGAGUCGACAAGAUUGGCUAAUGCUAAAAUAAUAGUUGCCAAAUCAGAAAUAGAAACGAUAAAAAAUCUUCAGGUAGCAACCACUUUGUUGAUGGAGAAUCCCAUGGGUAUGCAACUUCGCUAUCUACAGUCCUUGCAGUUGAUUGCCGGGGAAGGCACGCACACAGUUGUAUUCCCAUUUUCAUUUGAAAUGUUCCAGAAGUUGUUUAGUAAAUAA